AAAUAAAAUAAUAAUAAAAAAACGAAAUAAAAAUAAAAAGGCAAAAGCCUCGAGCUCUAUUCAAAAUUUAAAUUCCUCGGAUAAGACCACUUGCUGAGUAACGCUUGGCGCUUCGGCUCUCCAAUUCUAGGGUUCCGGUCACUGGCUCUGAGAUUUUUCGCUUGGUUCUCCGGUGUUCUUUGAAUCUUGGGAGGUCUGUUUUGUGGAGAAAACCCUAAUUUUGUGCGGGAAAGCUUGGAAUAUUGGGGGUUUUAUGCACUAGAAAAAUGUUUGGUGAUGGGAAUACGAGCAAUGCGGAUGGGAAUGAACACACGGCACCAGCUGUUCUUUGCAGGAGUGAAGCAGUGCAAAACGGGUUUGCGGUUGGAACUGGCAUUGAUGUCACUGAUGGGAGCUCGAGUGGGGGUUUCCAAACUUAUAAGAGGCGGAAGCGCAGGAAGGGGAGUUUAGAAACUGAACCUAUAAAAGAUGGAAGGUGUUUGGUCAAAGCGGGGACUCAAUUAGCUGAUGAGGAUCUUCUUGCAAGUUGCCUCCCACGAAGAAAAAGGCCCUCAAAGACUGUAAAACAAUCAAUGGAUGUAGGUUUACUCAAUAAUUUUUCUAAGCGAGCGGUUAUUCCUAUGAUAGAUCAUCAUGCUAUUGUGAAUGGAUUAGAUGACAGCCCACAGCAGCAUUGGAGAAAUAUUGUACUGGACCAGAUGUACCGAUCAUUAAGUGAUAGUGAAGGUGGUAUUCGGGGCUGUGUCCGAGCUGCACUCCUAUCUUGUCCAGAAGUUGAUCAUACAACCACAAUUAAGAAACCUGUGCACUUUCACAAAGAUGUACGCUGUCCUCCCCACACAGGCUUGUUGCCAAAUGAAUCUGCAAGCAGAAGUCAUGUGGGUGUAACAUCUAAUGGAUCUCUCAGUGAAUCAGAUCAUCAUACUAUCACUGAGCUGUGUCGGCGAUCUUUCUUUAAGUUGAUAAUGUCAGAGAAGUUUGCAUCACUAUGUAAACUAAUGUUGGAAAACUUCCAAGGAAUCAAGGUUGACAAUUUUUUUGAUUUUAGUCUUAUACACUCAAGGAUGAUUGAAGGAGCUUAUGAGCGUUCACCCAUGCUUUUCUCUUCAGAUGUUCAGCAGGUAUGGAAAAAGCUUCAAAGAAUUGGUACUGAAAUAGUUUCUCUUGGAACGACCCUUUCGGAAAUGUCAAGGACUUCUUAUUCUGAAUUGGUGGAAGGUGCAGUGCUCAGUGCUUCUGAAGAUGGCAAAAAUGAGGUCUGUACCAGGGAAUCAGACUCGCACACUAAACUAGAGCAACUAGUGGCUUGUGGUGUGUUCAAAGUUUGCAGUUGCAGACAUUGUGGUGAGAAGGCAGAUGGGAGAGAUUGCUUAGUAUGUGAUUCCUGUGAGGAAGUAUACCAUAUUUCCUGUGUUGAGCCUGCUGUCAAAGUGAUUCCCCACAAAAGUUGGUAUUGUGUUGACUGCAUUGCGAGUAGGUUACCCCAUGAGAACUGUGUGGUCUGUAAGAAGCUGAAUGCUCAGAGAACCCUAAUUAAUGGGGUUGGUGAUGAUAUCAUAUCAAUGAAUGAAGAAACAGAUAUGGAAUUGGAAGAGAGUUCCAAUUGCAUAACAGAAGUUGGAAUUCAACAACAGAAAGAAACCAAAUACUUCCAACUUUGUAAAAUUUGUGGAAGUGACAUGGAAUUUGGCGAACAUCUGUUGGAAUGUGGCCACCCAUUCUGCCCUAAUAAAUACUACCAUAAGAGUUGCCUGACAAGUACAGAAUUAAGGAUGUAUGGUCCCUGUUGGUACUGCCCUUCCUGUCUUUGUAGAGCUUGCCUUACUGAUCGUGACGAUGAGAAGAUCAUUCUUUGUGAUGGCUGUGACCAUGCAUACCACAUUUAUUGCAUGAAUCCUCCGCGCACUUCAAUUCCAAGAGGCAAAUGGUUUUGCAGAAAAUGCGAUGCUGAUAUCCAGAAAAUACGCAAGGCAAAAAUGGUAUUUGAGGACCUUGAAAGGGAAAGGAAACAGAAAGGUGAACAGGUGAUCGAUAAAGAUGAAGAGGGACCGAUGGAUAUUCUACUGAAUGCGGCCCAGACUCUUAACUUGCAGGAAGAAUUGGCUGCCAUCCGCAUGGAUAGGUAAAAUUAGAUGAGAAGUGAAGCCCUGAAUGGUUUUUGUUGGUAGGAUUUUUGUUCUGUAUCUCUUGACAAUGAGAAAGUCAUGGCUGCAUAACUUGGUGGGCUAAUAUUUUGAUUAAGUUGUAAACUGUGGUAGAUUUAGCUGACCUUUUGGAUGCAUAAUUCAGGCAAGCCAUGAUCUGCAGGUCAUGUGUUUGUUGACGGGCAUGUAACUGUAAAUGUGUCAUUUGGGCCCUGCAAAAGUGAAGGGAUCAAACAUCUGGAAACCAGUUUAGUCUUAACCUUCCUUUUACCCAUCAUUGCUACCAAGUCCAAGAAGUUGUACUUUUGAUCACAUAUUUUGUAAUGGUUUUUCAAGCCAGUGUUUGCAGUUUGUUGUAAAAUGAAACAGAUUUAUCCA